AUGAAAUCGUUGUCGAAGAGUGCAACCAAUGGAAAGAAACAAGACGAAGCAGAGUCUGUGAGAAAACAUAAACUUUCAAGUCAGAGCAAAGCUAUGCCACAAAAUUCCAAAGUCUUGCGCAAACCACAACACACUAAGGAUAGCGAUGAAUCGCGAAAGGAUUCAUCGAAAAGACUUCCGCCACCACCCAAGAAACAACUUGAAAGAAGAGUUGUUACGUUGAACGAGGAAAGUAAUGACGAGCAAGAAACUACGAUAACCAACGCUGCUACUCUUCGGAAGGCUACAAAACAAGCUGCGAAACACCGAAAAAAGAAUCGAAAGCUUUCCGACUUGAAUGAUGAAGAUGAUGUCGAUUUUAAUGCUAGCGAAGAUUCCGUUGAAAGCGAUAGCGAGGACGAAAGCGAUAGCGAUGAUGAUCAACUAACACGAUCUGAAAACCGAAUGCAACGAGAGUGCGUUCGAUUUUUCAACACGGCAUCGCAUGAUGAGCUGUUGCUAGCACCGCGGAUGAACGGAAAACUGGCUGAAUUUCUUUUGGCAAAUCGACCUUUUGAUACGUUUCAAGAAUUGGAAGAAACUCUCCCAUUGCAGAGGGGUAGAAAGUCAUUGCUUGAGUUUUGCAUGGAAUAUCUGGAGAAUCGUGAUGUUUUGAAUCUCAUUCUUAACGACUGUAAAGGAGAUUCGGCUAAGGUUGCUGCGGAGUUUAAAUAUUAUCGAGAUAGUCAAAAUAUUCCUGAUUUGCUCGACAAGAGUAUGUCCCUACACAAUUAUCAGAAAGAGGGCUUGAAUUGGCUGGUGAUGAUGCACGAGAAAAAGUUGAACUGCAUUCUCGGAGACGAAAUGGGUCUUGGAAAAACAAUUCAAAUCGUUGCAUUUCUUGCUUGGCUCAAAGAGAAGAAAGUUGAUGUUCUGCUUUCAACAUAUAGCAUGGUUGUAUCCAAAUCGGACGACAAGAACUUUUUCAAAAACUUCAAGAUCAAUUACGUCGUUUAUGAUGAGGGGCAUAUGCUGAAAAAUUGUUCGACUGAACGCUACAAGUCUUUGAUGAAAAUCAAAAGUAGCCGGAAGAUUCUACUUACUGGAACACCACUCCAAAAUAACUUGACUGAACUGAUCUCGCUGAUGUAUUUUGUGAUGAGGAAAAUCUUUGAUCGUUAUUGUGACAACAUGGCACAGCUGCUUUCUCAUUUUAAGCCGCAAAAAGGAAGCGCUAUCGAAGGCACGCAAGCUCUCUAUCAACAAGAUCGUAUUGAACAGGCGAAAGCAAUUCUCGAGCCUUAUAUUUUGCGUCGUCUAAAGCACCAAGUUUUGAAUCAAUUGCCAAAGAAGACUGAAGAAGUUGCUACAAUAAACAUGGAAGCAGAACAGGCGGAUAUCUAUGAUUAUCAGUUAGAGUUGCUUCAAAUGGCUGGUGAUAGUUCUUCAACCGCGUCGUCAAGCGUUAUCCGUUUACGUCAAGCUGCAAAUCAUCCACUGCUGACACGCCGAAUUUUUGAUGAUGAUACUUGCGCCGAAGUUGCCAAAAAAUUAGUUCGACAGGAGAAAGAAUAUGCGAAGAAACGAGCUGAACAUGUCGCCGAAGAUCUUCUUUGCCUGUCGGACUAUCAAAUACAUAAGAUCUGCAAAAAGUUUCCAUCAACUUCAAAAUUUUGCAUCGAUGAUAGUGUAGCAAUCGAAAGUGGCAAGUGUAAAUUCUUGGAUCAAAGGCUGCCCCUAAUCAAAACAAAGGGCGAUAAAGUCUUGAUUUUUUCGCAGUUUACUCAAAUGCUUGACAUUUUGGAGGUUUACUUACGGGUUCGAGGUCAUUCAUUUUGCCGAAUGGAUGGAAGCACCCCAGUUAUGGAAAGGCAGGCCAAUCAUAUUUUUAUCCACGAUAUCGACUUCAAUCCUUAUAAUGACAAACAGGCUGAAGAUCGUUGUCAUCGUAUGGGACAGGAAAAACCGGUGCAUGUCGUUCGCAUGAUCUCUAAAGGAACCAUUGAGGAAGGAAUCGCCAGAUUGGCUAAGCGUAAAUUACAACUGGAGAAAGAGAUGAUUCCCUUGGCUACCAACAAAGAAGGUGAAAGUGAGACAGAACUUGAAGCUGACGUAUUGGCCGAGUUGAUGAAGCAAGUGGUGCAAGUGAAAAGCGAACACCACCAAAGAAACAAAGAAGCGGCAGGA